CCUAAUUGUCGGCGGGUCCUCAUUCUUGUUAGUAGGAGCAGUCCAUUGGCAUGUUUGGCGCUAAUGACUGCUACAUUGAACGCCGUCAUAGCUCUUCGUAUCGUCUUGGGAGGCAAUAUUUUCCUAAAGCUACAAGGUACACAUCCCCGAAUCAACACUAUAUCGAACACUGUCUCGGCUCCGUAUUUUUGUAUCACCGUAGACCUGUGCCCAAUGACCAUUGGAACGGGUACUACUGCUAGUUCCUGUUUCACUUGCGAACUCCGAUCCCCGUUCGAUGGUGACGGUCUUACCUCUGGCGCACGUCUACGCUCGUUCUAUGGUACACUGUUAUACCCCGUCGGCAGUGAGGUCACUCUGUAACAGUAACAUAGUGUGAUUUCACCGGCGAAAACCAAUAAAUUCGUCCAGACGAACGAGUCCUAGAAGCUGGAGUGUCAUGAUAUCAUUCUGUCGAGGUAAUCCUUCGCUACAGCUACAAAGUACGCAAAGAGCAGACGUCGAGAGUUGAUCUUAUUACAAGAUAUACUGAGUAUAUAGAAAAAUUAGCUGAGCUAUACAUAA